AUGCAUCCCACAUCCUCGCCUUAUUACCUGGUUCCAGGCUUCGACCUGGAGGCCGGUACUCUCCAAGAACCCAAAUCACCUUCACAAACAGUUUUUGCAACAUCAUCAUCAUCCUCAUCCUCAUCCUCAGGAUCUACUAAUGCUACUUUUCCUUCAAGUCGUAAAUCCUGGGCGUUUCUCAGUCUUUCCGUGUCUAUUGGUGUUCUCGUUUCUACAAGUGUCUAUCUUCUCUUUGGACCAGAUAUAUUUCAGCUCCCUCCACGUAUUCAAGCACUUGAUUAUCAACAACAGCAGCAGCGACGGCAACAACAACAACAACAACAACAACAACAACAAACUACUAUAGUUGGGGAUACCAUAUGGAUUAGCAACAUCCUUUCAUUCCCUUCUUGGCCAAGGCUCCCUUUCGAAAGAGUCAUUAAUGUCGAGGAUGAAGGAUUCUUUUCCAAGGAAGGAGCAGUAACUGCCCCAGACCCGAUCUUGAAACAAGGCGGAAAUGAUGCCAAGACCGUUAUUAAAGGCAAGGACGAGAACAGCGGACCCUUAUCAUUGGGUGAAAUCGAAAUUUUAGUGGCUAUGACAGAAGAUGGAGAAGAAUUUGAACAAGAUAAUAAACCCGAUGCGAAAAGGGCUUGCAACAAUAACCACAACCACAACGAGAGCGAUGGCGGCAUAUAUAGUGAUGGAUAUGAUGGCAGUGGCAGCGACAGUGAUGAGGAUAGAGAUGAAAGGGAUGGGCUAUUCAAAAUUGAAACUGACCUGACAGAUGAGAUUUUAGAUGAUAUCAAGGAUAUUACAGAAAAAGUAAUGGACCAGACUUCUAGGAUUCUCGAACCUCUCAUGAAUACCAUCAAGUCCCUUGGCAUAAGCUUGGAACCCCCUCAUCCACUCAAGAGGCCUCUUGUGGACGAAGCCGACACUAGCAUCGUCGGGGAUAACAAUGGCAAUAAUAAUGCUGCCGCUCUUGAAGUCAUGUCUCUUGUUCGCCACCGCAAAAAGCAAACCAUAAAAUCUUCCAGCGUCGAUGAAGGAGGCAAUGGUAACGAUAACAAAAAGCAAAAAAUCAAUGACGACGGCUACGAAGACAAUGAUCCAGAUAAAGACGAUCAUUUCCCUUUGGAUAUGGAUGAUGACACUAUAGAUGAUGACAACGACGCUAAUGAUGGAAACAAUAAUCCUAACAAGAAUAAUAAGGAAAAGAAUACCCUCAAUUCCAACAGCGACAAUAACAACUUGGGAAGCACUGGUGGUAAUGGCCCUAUCUUACUCUGUUCCUCUGAAACCUGCCUCCCUAGUCUUCGAGAUGCUAUCCUUUCUAAACUUGCUGUUCAGAUUCACCAUGUCAUGAAUCAUCUUCGAAAUCGAGAUUUACUUAUCUACAUGAUGGCCUCCACAGCUCCUCAGACAAAGGAUAAGCUUAUAGUUGCACAGGAAGAACUGGUUCAAGACCUGGAAAACCGUAUAGUGAAGGAUCUGAAUGAUUGGGUAAUGGGUCGGAACAGACGCAAAGGCUCGAGAGGUAAAACACCUGGUACCACACCUCUCAAAGCUGCCACAACCUCCUCUUCUACUUCGGAAUCAGAAGCAGAAUUAGAAUCAGGAUCAGGAUCAGGAUCAGGAUUAGACGGCGGCCAAAACGAGGCGAGACAAGUCAGUGCCGAUUCCGUAGGCGCCUUCCUUGCUGGAGACAAUUACGACGAGGAAGACGAGGGUGAUACCCAGGGCUUCCAUAUCGCAAGUCUGACCUAUGAGGAUGAUGACGAUGAUGAUGAGGACCAUGAGGAUGACAUCGCUUCUUUCCCCCAAUCUGGAGCUGGCACAACAUACUCUGAUAAGAAGAGUAAACAACCCAAAGACAAUAGAAAAAGAAAAAGCAAAGGCAAGUCCACCCAUCGUAAGCGUGAUAUUAUACACACACCUAAUGCAUCAACAACAACACCUCGCAAAGUCUUUCUCUCUGCUGACAAACUACUCAUGCGUCAAGAAUGGUCUCGCUGGAUCGCUCAUUGGGUUCAUCACACCAAAAUAUUGAUCCUUUCUCACACCCUUGCGACCCAGACUUUGAACGAUAUGAAUCAGAUUGUCAUCCAGGACGAAAAUGUACCCCUUGCGGACCAACGGCACUGGUCUUGGAACCUGGAUAAGGCCAUCGCCACCGUCAUGAUGGCCUCCGAGAUGCUCUGCGGCGCCCCACCUACACUGUUGGCGUCCAAGACUGGGCCCAACGCUUUGCCAAUGUUGUCCAUGAACAAGACUGACUCGAAUACAGCCAAAAUCGUAGCCCUGAAUUUAAACGCAAAACGAUGCAUAGAGACCUGGGGUGAUGAACUGGAUGAAAUUCUUCAGCGCACUGCCACCACUGAUUAA